GGUUUCUUCCUCACUUAUUAAAUUAAAAUCUUAUAAUAGUAGUUUCAAAUUUACAGAAUGUUAUUUAUCACAAACUGCGCUAUUGACUCCUGAAGACUAUAAUGAAUGUUUAGACACCCUUUUUCUUUUAUCACAUCUUGAUUAUGGAAUUUAUCAAGUCGAUUUACAUACUACAUCGUAUUAUAAUUAUAUUA